AUGGCAAUAGACUCCUCCGCACAAGCUAUACAUGUUGCCCUUAUUACAAUAUCAAGUUUGGCAUUCUUUGGAAACUCAUUAGUUUGUGUCCUCUUCUCAAAAAAUAAAAUUCUGCUGAAGAAAUCUUACAACGUGUUUCUUCUAAUCCUCGCUAUCACAGAUUUCCUCACCGCCUUCGCUGUUCUUGUGUCUUCAGUGGUAUUUUUAACUGGCUUAUUUCCCGGAGUCAACAAUGCGAUAGCGAGCGAGAUUUUUUGCCGCGCGUUUUGGUCAGGCUGGAUUUUAUUUACAUUAAGCGACGCUUCAAUGUACAUUUGUUUGGUGCUAACUUACAAACGUUGGUGUGCUGUCGUAAAACCUUUAAGCUACCAGACUAACUUUGAGAAGCGGCGCUUGGUUGGUACGUAUGUGGCUAUCUUGUUCAUCGCGCUUUUCUCGACAUUACCGCGACUUUUCGAAGUCAGCUACGACGAACAACACCUGGAGAGCCUUUGCUGUACUUGGAAAGCAAUUUCUGGAACUAAAAGACAGUACAUGGCUCUUAUACAAUUUGCGCUGAACAUUGCGUUCCCUUUAGGGGUCAUGACAGGCAUUUAUUGCCAUAUUCUCUACAAAACAAGACUGGGCAAAAACCGGGUGUUACCUAGCGACCGAGCUUUGCGCAACCGGCAAGGGAGAACUCGGAUGGUGAGGAUUGCAUUACUCUUCAUGCUGUCAUGUUGGAUGCCAUAUCAAGUGCUGUACGUCCUGUCCAUGCUCGGUGUCACGCAACUCAGCUCUAUCACUUAUCAUUGGACCACUGCUUUGGUAUUCGUAAGCUCGUGCGUUAACCCCUUUAUAUAUGGAGUCACAAAUCAUACCUAUCGCCGAGGAUACUUUGAAAUUGCGUUAGGUUGCUGCCCAGUCAAAGUGCAUGGUUUUUUGUCUCGUCAUUUGUCAAUGUCACAGUCACACCAGGCGGAAAUAUUAGUGCGUUCAAUACACGGUAGACUGAGACCCCUAUCAGCUCCUCAGACUUUGCGACAAUCAGUGAUGUUAGAACUCAAUCCCUAA